UGACAGCAAGCCCAGUGCCGGUAAACCGACCAAUCAGCGGGCGCCGCGUUCCGGCCUGUGCGCGAGGUACCGCAGACAGCACAGAGGCGAGAGAUAGCCCAUAGAGCGCACCGGCCAUUGCCCGGAGACAGGCAGGUGAGCAGCAAGCUGGGCAGGGCACACUCUGACCCACCGACACCGGUACCGGUACCAGAGACAGACAGGUACCAAUAUACCGGGUGGGGGAGGGAGGGUACUGGAAUAUUCCAGACUGGUAGAACACACUGCAUUACCUCUUUAUUAGCACACUCCCAUUGAUUCUCUAUACAGAGCUCCUGGCACACCACGUGUCUCUCUCUCUCUCUCCCCCAUCAUAUUCAGGGAGCUGUGUGGCUGCCUGAGCAUCAUAGGAGUCAUAGUCCAAACCCACUGGCAUGCCCAGGACCCUGUGUAACUUGGGGUGUGUGUACAGUGACAUGUUCUAGCCGGCAUGGUGGCCUGGAUAUCUGUAAAUAUAUAUAUAUAUAUAUAUAUAUAUAUAUAUAUAUAUAUAUAUAUAUAAAUGUGUGUGUGUGUGUUAGCUGGCAGAGCAGGAAAAGUGCUGCCCAGCCAUAGGCAGACAUAUGCAGCAAGGGGGAGAGCAGUGGAAUAAUGAAGCUGGAUGCUAGAGGGCAGAACUCUUCAUGGGCAGCCCAUCAGCAUGUAUUGUAGCCUUAAUGUGGGUGUAAGGGUUCCUGUGACAUCUGGUAAGUGUAUCAGGGUUAUAUGCUACAGUCUGGAUUGUGAGAAUUGCAAGGGUUCACAGGGCAUUUCAUAUUUUAAGGUCAAAAUAGCUGAACUGAACAACAAUUCUCCCAGCCUGCUUUUGGUUUGGCUACCUUGAUCUUAAAUUUGAAUUCUCACUAAAAUAGGGUUAUUUAUUGAAGCUAGAAUUGGCCGGAAUUCACAGUGAAUAUUCAUUGAGUCCAAGUUGCCAAAUUAGAAAAACUUCUAAAAAGUGAUAUGUUUUUGUCUUUUUAUUUUUUAUUUUUUUUCUUUAAAUCUAAAAUUUGCUUUGAACCUCUAGCAAUUGUCACUUUGUAAACCUGAGAGUGAAUUUCAAAAUUUAGGCCAAAAAAGCACAAUUGAAGAAAUUCCCUCCAAGUGAGCCAUGUUGUCAUUUCAGCUCUUUUGGCCUACAAUCUGAAAUUCACUUUAAAUUCCUGACUGUUUGGUGAUUUGGCCCUGUAGGUGUACACACCACUGGACAUAAUUUUAAGAAGUGGGGCACACUGAUUUUGGGAGAGAAAGUGAUGGACCUUAUUUUGUGGGUGUAUAGUUAAAUUACCUUGAACCUGGUGAAUGUAUUGGCAAUUAACUUUUCUUGGGUAUUCUUUAAACUAAUUUCGCAUAUAUAGAAUAUUUAGUCUAAAGACACAUAGUCUAAAGACACAUGCUUCUAUUGGAAUGCAGUCUAAGUGAGGAUGAUGAGGUGUUUAUUGGCAUUGCAUCAGUGAUUUGCAAUACCUUUUUGAAGCAGAGUGACCAAGUUAUUUUCCCAAGUGCCAACAGUUAAUUAAGUGGCCAUAUUAUUAAAUGGAUAAGGUGAUAAAAUGAGCUUGAAGGGGACAUGUUUAUUAACACCUCUGCUGUAUUCCAUUCUGUCCCAAAUGCAAUUCUGUUCUAAUCACAUUUAAGAUUUUUUUUUUUUGGUUGAUUCACUGAACCAGGAAUUGUGAAAAAUAUACAAAUUGAAAUAACAGAGCUGAAAAAAUAAUUGAGCUGUAGAUUUUAUUUUUCUUAGAACUAGGUUCCCUUGUCAGUUCUUGUUUAAUGAAUAACCCUGAGUGUAUGGGGGAUGGAGAGAUGAAGGGUUUCUUACUAGUGCAAGUAAUCAUUUAUACAACACUGUAGCAUAUGGUCAAUUUAUACAGAACUUUAUUUUUUUUUUAUUUUUUAUUUCCCUCUCCUCUUUCAGCCAACAUGCAUUCAGCAGCGCGGCAAGAAAACCUCUUGAAGAUGGGACCAGUUUGGAUUUUUGGAUUAUUUUUAAUCACUCUUUUACCUUCACAGACAGGUAUGGUUCUGUCUUGCAUCUCCUUUGCUUCCUCGUCAAUCACUUGAAAGGUUACUCCAAUAAAAAGUAUUUUCAAUACAUAAUGAUAUUGUGAGGUGGUCAUGGUGCUUAGAAUAACUUUCUAAUUUUCUACUAGAGAAAAUACAAAUAUCUAUCUAUAUUUCUCUAUCUAUCUCAUUUUAUAUAACCCUGUAGUGUCUGUUGAUCCAAAGCAUGCCAGAAAACUACCUCUGUUAAAGGGACAUUGUAGGCACUCAGACCACUUCAGCUCAUUGAAGUGGUCUGGGCGCUGUCUCCCUAUUGCACUUCGUGCUGCAAUGUUAAAUAUUGCAGUUCCAGAGAACUGCAAUGUUUACAUUGCAGCUUCUAAAACUGCCCUCUGUGGCUGUCUAGCAGACAGCCACUAGAGAGCUUCCAGAAUCCAAACUGACUUUUGGUCCGUUAUCUGACGCUGGACGUUCUUACGGUCCUCCAGCGUCAGAUUUCAUCCAUAGUAAAGCAUUGAAUAAGGAAAGCAUAAGAAAUAUCCAUUUUCCAUAUGAUUUUGCCGCUAUUGCCCAGGCAGGACACGCAGGCUCUAAAAUAAAAUCUAAUUAUACACAGUACCUCCCUAACCCCUACUUCCAUGCUAUUUAAAAACAAAAAAAAUCCCUCGGACUUCAAAAUGCCCACAGAAUCUGCUUAUCCGUCAAGGGGACAAGAUAGGCAGCUUUCAUGUUUAUUAUUUUUGUCCUACUGGCUAAUUGGUUGAUGGACAUGGAUACUGUGGGGCACUGUCUUUUCUUAUGCCGGGGAGUAAGUCCAUGUUCCAUUGAACGAUUGAGCAUGUCAUCUGACACGUGAAUCUAGGGACGCUAAGAUAUUCCAGUACUGUAAGUACUCUGCAACAUACAUUUUGCAAUAACAUGAUGCUUACAUUAACCCUUUAAACUGGAUGGGUCUUAUAGAGAGAGGAAUUAAAGAACCCAUUGCAUUUAGAGAGAGUUUUUGUGUGGCUUGCAGAAGUGUUUUCAUGCCAAUAAAACCUUAUUUGAAAUAAUUAUAAGGAACUAUUCGUUUAGAUUGGCAUUCCCAGCAAUUUAGUUAAGGUGAUUAUUCACAGAAAACCCUUAGUGUAUAGAUGUCAAACCCAUGGCGUCAUAGAUGCUUGUAAACUACCUCUCCCGUGUUGCUUAGCCAAUUUAAAAGUUUCUGUGAGACACGUAGAUGGUAGUGCAUUCUCUGAAAGAGGAACUGUCACUGUCUAUUGAUCGUUCCUGUUUCAAAGGGGAUUCUCCUUUUAUUCAUCAUUUGUGUAACACUCACAAAUCUCGAGUUUAAAUAGACAUAUAUUGAAUAAACAUCUCCUUAAAGGAGCAUUCGUUUGCAAAAAAAGUUUUGUUUUGUUUUUUAAAACUAUUUUGUAGAUAUACCCUAAAAUACAGCAUGCAUAUAUUUUUUUGUUUGCAUGUUUUCUUUGGGGGUAGGUUGAAAAAACAGGUUACAAAAGCUAUCUGCAGCCUUUUUCAAGCACUUAUUCUCAUUGGGAAGCCUCAGUGCUGAAACUGCACAUGAACAGUAGCACGUAAUCACAGCUUUCCAAAGCUUCUCAAUGAGCUGUAGUACAGCUCACGGAGUAUGGGAGAAGGCAGGUAUGCUCUAGCCCAGCAUGUCUGCCACUUCUGUUAACUCCACUAUCAGCCAGGGAUGAGCUUUUAGAAUCGGUUACAAAAGGUCAGACUCCAGACACACAAGUCACUUGAAUAAACUGAAGUGCUUUAUGUGUCAAUAGCAGUGAUGGCUAAUUUUGACACCAUAAAUAGUUUCAGGACUACAUUUCCCAUGUCUAAAAGGUAGCUGAGCAUCAUGGGAAAUGUAGUCCAGAAACUAUUUAUGGUGCCAAGGUUAGCCAUCACUGGUCUAGAGUAUUCCUUUAUGCAAUUAUGAAUAUUGAUUAACUUAAUGUUAUUUUAUUUACUCUACCACAUUGAUAUUGCUUUAUGUUUUUUAAAAUACUUUUUCCAUAAUAGGCUUUUUUUUUUUUUUUCUUUUUUUAGGCUCCGUGGCUGUUAUGUCUGUUGAUAUGGGAAGUGAGUGGAUGAAAGUGGCUAUUGUAAAGCCUGGUGUUCCUAUGGAAAUAGUCUUAAACAAGUAAGAGAUGUGGAAUUUUAAACCAGCGUUGUUAGUAAAUAAAUUCUCCUACAUCUGUGAGACUGAUGUAUACAUAUAUUCUUCAUCGGGCAUGGCUUGUGUAGCUUUGCUUAUACCAGAGAUUGGGUGACCUAGCAACAUCAUCUACUGAUUGGUACAUUUUUUUUUUUUUCUUUUUUCUCAGUUAUUAAUCUGACUAGUUUAAUGUAUUAUCUGGGUGCGUAUUGGAUUAUUCACUAAACCGUGUUUUGUGGAGAAUGAACAAGUGGAUAAAAAAUGUUACGGCAGGAAUACCAAUCUGGAAUAGUAGCAGAGUUAGAGAUUGUUUUCUAAUUUGGGUAUUUUGGGAUACAAAUGAAUAGCAAAAUGUCUUUUCUCCACAAUGUCCUGUUUUAUGUCCUAUCAUUGGAAAAACUGUGCAUCCCAACAUCCCUGUUGGGCCUAAUAAAAAGCAUUUUUCCUAUUAAUAUUGUUAUGUUUAUAUAAUGUUAGUUUUCUUCACCUAGGCCUACCCCAAUUCUGAUGCCCAGUUCUUAGCCCAGACUCUUCUUUUUUCCAGACAUUACACUAGAUCAACCCCCUAUUAUUGUUUUGUUCAUCCCUCUCUUUCUAAACUUUCCCACAUGCUUACUCAGUCCUAUUCCCUCAAACCUCCUCUCACUUAUGUCAAUCACCAACUCUACUUCUUUCACCCAGUCUUGUUUAUUUCCCUCUGGCAACUAAAGAUCUCCUAUUUUUUUUAUUUUUUUUUUUUUAUUCUUUUUAUUACAUUUUUUCAUGAAAAUAUUAAUAGACAAAGACAACACCCAUGGGAGGGAACCUUACAGAGAAAAAAAAAAAUAAGGAUUCCCAUCCCCAUUAAACAUACAUAAAUACAAUGUUCAAUUUCAAAUUUCAUCAAUAAGCUAAAGAUCUCCUCUUACUCUACAGGUUUGUUCCAUUUCCAUAUAACGUAUCCCAUCCCAUCUGCAUGUUCCUCAUUCCCCGUCUUCCUUAAUUUAAUGUUCUCCCAUUUCAUUUGUUCCCAUUCUAUUUUUCAUAGCUUCCUCUUUUAAUUCACUGUACUUUUUCCUCUCCACAUCUUUAUUCUACCAUACUCAUCUUUCCAAUUAAGGCUUCAAUUUCAUAUUUUUGAAAAACGUUUUUAAAAUAUUUCAGAUUUAAAAAAACCUGUGUGUGUAUAUAUAUAUAUUCUUUCAUAUACUUUUUUUUUUUAAAUAUUAAACCAUUCAAAAAGCUUAUCGAAAUAGUCUUAAAUCGAAACCUAAAAUGCCCCAUUACACGAUCUCAUCUUUCCUGUCCAUUUAUGAUGCGACAAAUCUGUUUGGUUUUUAAAUGCGCUUAUUUUGGACAGAAUAUCUUUUCUUUCUGUGAAAAUUAAAAUCAAUUGAGGCAUCUAAGAAAGGUGUUUGAGAAUCAUGCGUUUUGUUUGAAAACACUUUCACUAUGUUAAAUCUUAAUUGCAAAUUAGGUUUUACCACCACUGUUUCUCUGUGUACUUUAAUUUGUUUGCCUGAAUGCCAAUUUAUUUUUAUGUGCUAUUGUGUUUUUUUUAAGGGAGUCCCGAAGGAAAACCCCUGUCGCAAUUGCCUUGAAGGAGAAUGAACGUCUGUUUGGGGACAAUGCACAGGGAAUUGUAAGUUAUUUUUAUAUCACAAAUGCUUUAUAUAAAAAGCUCUAAGAAGUAGUAGUUGUGUGUGGUGUUUUUUUUGCUUAUUUCCCUAGUUCUCCUUUACAGUUAUUUUUUUUUUUUUUUUUUUUGUUUCUAAAUGUCUUUUUUACAGGCUGUCAAAAAUCCAAAAGUUACAUUCCGUUACUUCCAAGAUUUACUUGGGAAAAGGGCAGGCAACCCCCAGGUUGAGGCAUUUAAAACCAGGUUCCCCGAAUACAAUCUGGUGGAUGAUGAACGUCGUGGAACAGUUCUCUUCAAGUUAUCUGAGUGAGUUAUUUAGGCAAUGCCCCUCCGAAUCGUAUUAAAACAGGAGUAGGUAACGUUUGGCUCUCCAGGUGUUGUGGACUACAUUGCACAUAAUGUGCUUACAGCCAAAAUGUUGGCAAAGCAUCAGGGGAGAUGGAGUGCCAACGUUUGCCUAGCCCUGUAUUGAAAGGACAAUUCCAGCCUUAUUCACUAAAGUGAUAAGUGUUUGGAUAUGCAUAGUGAACUUCAUAUUUUAUGGCCAAAAGAUAAAAAAAGGGGGGGGGGAGGGAGAAACCAUUCCAAGUUGGCUACGCUUCCUGUUCAGCUAUUUUGAUCUAAAACUUAAAAUUAAAUUAACUUGGAAUUUCUGACAAUUUUCACUUUAGCAAAUAACUCUGUAAUGUGGUAAAGAGAUAAUGAGCGGAACCAAGACGUGAUUGAAGUCUGUUCCUUCUGUUGCUCUGUGUUUGAUUAGGAAUUAAGCUAUUCAUCAAAUGCCAAACUGUACUGCAGAGUUCUCACAUUUUACUUCAAAGUAAAAUGGGUCUUAAUGUACAGUGAAACCAAAUUACCACUGACUUUUAUAUUGGGCUUCAGUAGCUGAAUUUGCUUUAGUGUCUACUUGCAUUACGUCAAAAGGGGUUAGUCAGGAAUCCUUAUGUUCCUUGUCUCACAAAUAUCAAUCUAACUCUUCCACCUGUGCCUUUUGUUUCCUUACAUCUGCAGUGAUUUAAUGUAUUCACCCGAGGAACUACUGGGAAUGAUGUUAAACUAUUCCAGGUCUCUGUCAGAGGAAUUUGCAGGUGAGUUGCAAUCUUGCUUCUGUUCGCUACAUUCUAGUAUCAAAGACCCCAAAGUAUGGUUCCUUUAUUUAAUUAAAAAAAAAAAAACCCUCAACUUACUUUACAAUAAACACCUUGAACUAAAGUUUAUUUUCAAAGAUAGCAACAGAAUAGCCUGUAGAAAAUAGCAGUACAGAGGAAGGGUAAAAGAAAGCUUUGUGUUGUGCAGAAAAUACAGUUAGUGUUGCUUUAAAAUGUCAAUGGGUCUGGCUGUUUUACGUACAAUAUGAGCUUGUAAAUUAUUAUUAUUGGUAUUUAGCAUCAGCAUAUUCCGUAGCGCUUAACAAUAUUAUAAGAGAGGGAGGUUUAACAAUAAAUGAGACCAUUAUAAAAACUUACAAGAACAGUAGGUUGAAGAGGACCCUGCUCAAAGCAGCUUACAGUCUAGAGCAGUGGUUCCCAACCCAGUCAUCGAGUACCCCCUAAGAGUCCAGAAUUUAGGGAUUACACAGUUGUGUAAGGUGUUGUUGCUUUUUUUCAAAAAAAAAGCAAAAACACACUAGACACAACAGGGUAAUCCCUAAAUCCUGGACUCUUAGGGGGUACUCGAUGACUGGGUUGGGAACCCCUGGUCUCAACAGAACCCUCUAGAUAUGUAUUGCAAGUGCUUGUCUGAGGGUUGUAGUUCCCAUUUCAUGAUUAUUCCAGAUGUAAUACAUUUUAAUUAGCUGAAGAUAAUGAAUAACCGUAUUGCAUUUCUUGGUGGAAAAAGAUUAUCUCCUUAAAGAUUUGACAAAAGUGAACUGGGAACACUGACUCAGAUUUUUUUUUUAAGAACAUCCACGGGAAUUAUGAAAGCAAUUAGUCAAACAUAGAUUCUUCUCUAUGGUCAUAAUGGGAUAAGCCAUACUCGCUAAUAUAUGGAUAGUAUAAAUAAAAAAAAUAAAAAAUGUUUACAUUAAAUUAUGAAAAGUGUAACAAUUUAAACAUGUAAAAAAUAUAUAUAUUUACUGUAUACACAUUUUUUUCUUAAUUUACACUAUCCAUACAUUAGUGAGUGUAGAUUACCCCAUUAUGACCAAUAGAUAACAAUCGGUUUGCCUCUGUAUUUUAUGUAUAAUGCAAUUUAAAUGUGUAAUUAUAACUGCACCUCAUUGCUCUGUAUUAUGACCACUUUCACCAGCUGAAUUCUUACGAGUUAUUUUUCAGUCUUUGUACCUUCUCUUCACCACAUCCUUCUUUCUCUGACCACAUAAUUUCCAUGAAACAUCACCAGUGUCCACACCCAUCGUCACGUGAUUACACUCUAAUUCCAAGUAGCACUGUACUAUAAGCUUUAUUUUAUUUAGUGCUAACAGGUGAACGUUACAGAUUAUAAACAAUACUACCCCUUUCCUCACUUUGCCUCUGCAGAGCAGCCAGUGAAGGACUUAGUGAUUACAGUGCCAGUCUUCUUCAACCAGGCAGAGCGUAGGGCUGUCCUUCGUGCCGCUCAGCUUGCUGGACUUAAGGUCCUCCAACUUAUCAAUGAUAACACUGCAGUCGCUUUGAAUUAUGGAGUGUUUCGGAGGAAAGACAUCAAUGCCACAGCACAGGUUUGUGUUGGCAUUCCCAAAUGUUUUUCUACUUUGUUUUUAUGUCUGUAUUUUUUUUUUUCAUUUUUUUGUGUUUUUUGCAUGAGUUUCUAGACUUUCCUUUUGAACUCUUUACCUUUGAUUUUACCCACUCUAUUAUUGGAAACAUAAUGGUACAAUAGUAGAUUCCAUUGUUUGUCUUUACUAAUCACAUACCACCUUUACUAUAUUCUUUUACUUUUUUCUGUCUGUUUCCAAUUCACCUGGUGAUCAGAUGUGAUUAAUGGAUUUUAUACGUGUGUGUUUGUGUCUAUAUAUACAUAUAUAAUAUAUUUUUAACACCAGAGUUAUACUUUCUACAUACCUCUUAUUGCAGAGUAUCAUGUUUUAUGACAUGGGGUCUAGGAGUACAGUCUGCACCAUUGUGACUUACCAAACUAUAAAGACAAAAGACUCUGGCACUCAACCACAGCUACAAAUUCGUGGUGUCGGGUAAGAAGCCUAAUUUUCAUUGAGGCAAUGCUUUCAGUAUUGUUUAAAGAAAAACGUUUUUUUUCCCCACAGAUUAGAUAUUCAAUAGCUAGUGUAGGCACCAACUCUCCCUGCUUAGAAUGACUUCUAAAUGCAAUGUAUUAAUCAGUUCCUUCCUAUAAUAGUGGGUGGAUCUUAUUUAUGUAUAUGCUGGACUGUGAUUUAUGGAUUAACAAACACCCUAUAGGCAAGAACAUUGGUUCCCAAACUAGUCCUCACGACCUAGCAACAGUACAGAUUUUAUCACCAUUAGAAAAAAAAGGGUAAUGCAUAAAUGCUGGAUUGUUGGUGGGCUAUGAGGACUGGUUUUGGAACCACUGGACUAGAAUAAAAGACUUCUGAUAAGAGGACAAAGAGGCUAAUUUACUUGUUCAAUAAGUGUCUUUUUAAAACCUCCUAAUGCAUAGGAUGAGUGCAGAAACAUUAACAAAAAUAUUUGGAUACAUCUCUGCCUAAUUUGUCUUGUUAAAGGUAACACUCAGUUUGUAGACUUUAAAUUUCACUUUUUAAAACAAUGUUUUUUUUUUUUUUGUUUUUUUCUUCCUCAGGUUUGAUCGCACACUUGGGGGACUGGAGAUUGACUUACGUCUCCGGGACCAUUUGGCCAAACUGUUUAAUGAGCAGAAGAAGUCCAAGAAGGACGUGCGCGAGAAUCAACGUGCAAUGGCCAAGCUUCUCAAGGAGGCUAACCGUGUAAAGACCAUUCUGAGUGCAAACAAUGACCACAUGGCACAGGUAGGCUAUACUACACACACUUUAUUUACACUGCUUUUGAGGAUAAGCCUCCUAAAAGAAUGUUUGCCGUUAUUUACACUUGGCUUUGUUCACUGAAUAUUAAGAUGGCAAAACCUCAGAGUAGCUUGGUGGUGAACAUCAGGGACUUUUCUGUCAGGACAUUGUUAUUUAUUACUUUCUGGGAUACAUUUUCCUUUGUAGAUUGAAGGCUUAAUGGAUGACAUUGACUUCAAAGCGAAGGUGACACGCCAAGAACUCGAGGAACUGUGUGCGGAUAUCUUUGCAAGAGUUUCUUCACCUGUUCAGCAAGCUCUGAGCAGUGCAGAAAUGAACUUGGUGAGUGUCAUGGAGUAUAUUGUUGCGUGGUCGAUUUUUCUUGUAAUUAAGUAGUCCAGUUGUUUGAUAUUUAAUAUAAUUUGAAAAACUAUUUGUACAUUUAUAUAUUUUGAAGUCUCUUCUCUUUCUAACCUCUUUGAUCUGUUAAUUUAAUUAUCAAGGUUAUUCACAAAAGAGACUAGUCAGGAGUUCAAAGUAAAUUCCAAAUUUAAGGCCAAAGCAGCAGAACUGAAAGCAUAUUUUGACAAAAUCCAACAAUUCUCACUUUAUUGUUUAGUUUCUCAUCCUAUAUUUUAAAUUGCUUAAACUAUGAACAAACCACUUAGUUAUCCAUAUUUUAUUUGUUGUUUUUAGGAUGAAAUUGAUCAGGUUAUCUUGGUGGGUGGAUCCACACGCGUCCCUAAAGUUCAGGAGCAUCUUCUUAAGGCUGUUGGGAAGUAAGUAGAAUAUAUAUCAGAUCUGUGUUUAAUAAUGUAUUGACCUUCCAGCGACUUCACGUGGAAGGGGUUUUCAAUCACUGUUUAUCCCCACCAUAACAUUCUUUGUGCAAGGUUUGUGCAAGGAUUCCAUGUUUAAAAUGGAACAAUGAGGCAAAAAUCCACAGAUUACCUUGCAGCAGUAACAUCACUGCAAAUUUGAGAUUUCUGUGGGAAAAGCAAGUCUAUAUAUAUAAUCUCUCAUCUUUAUUUUAAAAUGUUGCUAGCUCUCCUUAUAAGCAAGGCUGCAUUUGUUUCAUCUGUGUCUUUCGUUAGCUUUCUAUUGUUUUCUUGCCCUCUUGCAGAGAGGAACUGGGAAAGAACAUCAAUGCAGACGAAGCAGCCGCAAUGGGGGCAGUGUAUCAGGCAGCUGCUCUCAGUAAAGCCUUCAAAGUUAAACCUUUCAUUGUGCGAGAUGCUGCCAUUUUCCCCAUACAGGUGAGAAGCCUCAAAACACAAGUGUAACAUGUUAAGAAUGUGUUAUUGGUUACAGAUCCUUUUUCACCAAAGUAGAUACCAUUAUAGCAUACCCUGGAGUGAGACGUACAAAUAGAAUCCAAUGUAUCUAUGAUGCAAUGUUUGGCUAUAAUCCGGUUGUAUGUCAGUUGAUAUUGGUACAUUAUAUGUGUAUCCAAACAGGUGGAGUUUACAAGAGAAGUUGAAGAAGAGAAUAACAUUAAAACAUUAAAGCACAACAAGCGGAUUCUUUUCCAGAGACUAGCCCCUUAUCCACAGCGCAAAGUCAUCACUUUUAACCGCUAUACUGAUGAUUUCGAUUUCAACAUUAACUAUGGAGAUCUCAGCUUCCUGGGACCAGAGGAUCUUAAGUAAGUGUUCCUUAUGUUGUCACUGAAAAUAAACCAGACAAAUUUGUACCGGAAUCUAAACUUUUUGCUUGAAAACUAUUCUUGACUUUUGUCUUUAUUUCUCCCUAUUAAAGGGUUUUUGGAUCAUUGAACCUCACCACAGUUAAGUUAAAAGGUGUUGGAGAAAGUUUUCAGAAGAGAUCAGACUAUGAGUCCAAAGGCAUCAAAGCUCACUUUAACAUGGAUGAGAGUGGUUUGCUCAGCCUUGAUAGAGUAAGUUGCUAAUAAAGGUAAAACUGUAGGGGCUGGUUUACAAUACUUUUAAAUAUAGCAUAUUGAACAUGGUAUGCAAUAUUUAGUCUAAAAAAAAAAAAAAGCACAUUAGAGUUUCGAUCAUUUCUUAAAAUUGGCUAAAUUUGCUUAAAGGGAUACUAUAGUGCCAGGAAUACAGCUCAAUGAGCUGAAGUGGUUUGGAUGCCUAUAGUGUCCCUUGAAAUUUUUCCAUCAUGUUGUUGCAGUUUGGCAUUUAAUGAAUAACUUUGUGUGGUUAUCAAUCCAAAUCUCCCAAUAUAUGGAAAAUGCAAAUAAAACCAUUAUUUUUUUUUAGGCAUAUGGUUGGAAACCGUAUUGCUUGUAGCAUGUAAUAUGUUAGUUCUUUUUUGAGAAGCCUAUGUUAAUCCACUGUAUCUUCCUCUACCAAUAUGCGUUUUCCUGUUUCUUAAGGUGGAAGCAGUGUUUGAAACAUUUGUGGAGGAAAAGUCAGAGCAAGAGUCCACACUGACAAGUAAGUAAUAUACUCUGCAUGCUUGUAGUAUUUACAGCUGUGAGUUGGGAAAUAUGAUCUGUACAAAGUCAGGAUUAACGAUGUAAAGACUGAGGCACAACAAACUAAAUUUAAUCUUACAUUUUCAUUUAAUCUUAAGAUUUAUUAAAGGUGCACUCUAAGCUCCAUAGCCACUACAGCCUAUAAUGUUAGCAGGCAGCUUGUGCUGUUCCUCACUUCUGAGUCAGAUACAGGGGGGGGGUGUGUGGGUGUGUGGUUUUUUUUUUUAAAUAUAUAUUUUUGCACAAACCAAGGGUCACCUCGUUGUCUGUGGCCCGGCCCAUUGCUUGCCAGAAUUGCUUAUGUGGAAGCCCUACUAGCAAGAUUAAUCUCAUCCCUUUAAUUCUAGUUUAAAUUGCAUACAUAUAUGCUUUGUUUGCAUCAUUUAAUGUAUAUCUCCACAUUAGACUUUGGAUUUGAUUGGAUUUGGAUUUGAUUGCUUUCCUUUGACACCAUGUGAAAUCAGGGAAUCUCAACCAAUCCUUGGUUCCCAUUCUGUGUGAUUUCCAUUACAUAUUUGAGUGAUGCAUAGAUCUAUGGAUUUUGAUAUGCAUAUAAACCAAAUAGAUUUGUUUGGAGGACUUAAUUAUUUUUAUGUAUUGUGGUUUUCGCUACCUAGUUUUUCAGGACAAGCUUAAAAGGGCAAUCCUGAAAGCAAUUUUUUUUAAUUAGCCAUAAAUUGUGCUCUCAUACACAGGCGAGAUUAAGACUGAAGUGUAAACAUCAGUAUACAAUCUCAUCCAGUAGUGUGGUGGGUGCAUCAACCUCUAGAUACCCUACAGUUAUUUCUUUCUCUCCACCUUGUGAUGAAUUUGUUUUAUGCUACCCUAUUCUUGACAUAAUAUUUUUACCAGCUCAGAUAAUUCAAAAAAUUCACAGAUCUGAGGAAACCCCUCAGAUGUGUAAAUGAUGACUGGAAAUGAAAUAAAUGGAUAAUAUCAACAUACAAAAAUAGUAAAAAUGAUUGUAAAUAUAUUAGAAAAGAGUCAAAAAACAAUACAAAGACCUCCACAGCUUAAAUAGAAGCUCAACGUCAACGACGAAGGUGCACGCUAGUGGCACCGAAACGUGCGUCGGGUUUCUUCUUUCUUCCUCACUUCACAGGGCACACUGUCACAUGUGCAAGGACCAACACUCUAAGUAUGGUCCUGCACAUUAGUACGCACUAAUUGUUCUAUCUUUUCUUUUCCUCCUGCAUAUUCUGUCUAUACACUAUGGGGAAGUGAAUCCUAAUAUACCUGUUUUUUCCUCUAAUAUUACAGGCAGUCAAGAUCAGUCCGUUAAUUUUAUUAAUUUAUUUCAUUUUUUCGGACUGAAUAUCCUGUAUUUAACGGGUAUCUAGUUAAAUGAUAUCAAUCCCACAUACAGCUAUACGAAUGACAAGCCUGCCGACCAGCAUUUAACAGGGAAUUUUCACCCCAUAGAGUUUAUAGGAAUAACACAGCAUAACUAACAUAACGAGGCAGCAGCACAUUUUUUUGUUGCUUCUUUGCUGAGCAUUUGAUAUUUUGAUACAAAUGCUGUGUAUAAUUAGAAUUGCUGUCUAUGUUAUUUGUAUCCUUAUGUAUUUCAGACAUUGACCAAAAUAUAACAUUAAAGUCAGGAGUCUGAUUUUGACACUAAUUAACAUAGACAACAGGGAGGUACAGCUAUUUAAGCUGUGGAGGUCUUUGUAUUGAUUGUUUUUUGACUCUUUUCUAAUAUAUUUACAAUCAUUUUUACUAUUUUUGUAUGUUGAUAUUAUCUAUUUAUUCCAUUUCCAGUCAUCAUUUACACAUCUGAGGGGUUUCCUCAGAUCUGUGAAUUUUUUGAAUAUUCUAGGAGAAGGGGUUAAGCCCCAUAUGACACUGCUGGAGUGUCAAUUAAGGUGUUUUUUCUGUGGAAUUGGACAAUUAGCCCUAUCCAUAGAUUUUUUUUUUUUUUAAAUACCAGCUCAGAUAACACUUCAUUAUCAAAUAAGAGAGAAAUUUGACGAUCUUCUCAAUAUAGAUGGUGAAUUUUUUUUGUUGGAAAUUGUUUUUCCGCAAUAAAAUCAUCCCCAAUUUGGUAUAUUGGGUAGCAGGUCAAUUUUAUCUUUUAUUUGAUGCUGAGGAUUGCAGAACCCUUUGCUUAAUUCCUUUUCAUUUAUAACUUUUUCCUCUGCAAAGAUACUCCACCAAUUUUAAUGUCUGUAUGACGCAGGCCAGGGAAAACUUGGACUGCAUUUGGAGACAGACCAAAAAUAUCAGAACCAAAUUUCAAAGUACAUUCCCUCAGCCUCUUUCUCUCUCAUGUGACCUGUGUUAAAGGGACACUAUUGUCACCAAAACACCUUUAGCUAAAUGAAGCAGUUUUGGUGUAUAUAGAUCAUGCAUCUGAAGUUUCACAGCUCACAUGUCUGCCAUUUAGGAGUUAAAUAACUUUAGUUUCUGUUUAUGUAGUGACUGACAGCCUGCAUGAAAACAAAAUGGUUUUAUUUAUUUUUAAAUUCUUUAUUUUUGAUAUGCACGUAUAACAUUCGCUUGACUGUAAUGCCACAACAGCAUUCUUAGGCAAUAUAAACCUACAGUUUUAACUGUUUAUUUAGCAUUUGGAAGGUACGCACAUAUUUUUUAGAACAAUAUUGAUAAAACAGGCUGGGUACAUGCCGGCUGUCUAAAAUGAAUUUGCAGUAAUCGUUGUCGCUUUAGCUUCGGGCCUUAGUUAUGAUUACGCUUAAACAGGCUGUCUUACUAGUUUUGUCCUACAGUCGAUUAGCAGUUAGGUCACCUAUCACUAGGUAAGUCGCAUUAAUGUGAUGGAUUAAUUGCGCUAAUUCAAAUCCUGCAUUUGUAGUUGUAGUGAAACAAUGAUCACCCAUUUUUUUGCAAUUCUAACUAAUGACCGUUAUCUAAAUGGGGCCAGUUCCCUGCGGGCCUGACUGAGCUCUGUGCGGCGGGGACAGCGGCCGUCCGCCCCGCUCGCCUCCGGAGUAGGCCUCAAAAGUGUCGGGUAGGAUUCCUCCUCCCAGGGGACUGAAGCCUGUUGGGCCAGCCUCAUCCUGGAUCUAGGGCUCUCUGCCUACUGAGGGCCACCGUUGCAGAAAGUGUUUAGGAAGACUGUAUGUCACAUGCAGGGAGGUGUCAAUAGGGCUGGAGAACCAGAGUUUUAACUCCUAAAUGGCAGAGAAUUGAGCAAUGAGACUACAGGGGCACGACCAAUACACCAAAGCUGCUUUAUUAAGCUAGUGUUGUUUUGGAGACUAUAGUAUCCCUUUAAGUAAAAGCUAUACAUAUUGUAUAAGUGGGUAACAAGUAGUAAUUUCUUACUCAAACUGCUUCAGCCACAAAUUGUAAUGCAUCCAACAAUCUCACAUGCAAAAUCCAUAUACUGUGCAUCGUUUGUGCAUAAUAUUUAAUAUGUGGAAUUGAAAGAAUUGAUUAUCGUCCUCUUCCCAAGAUGAAAUUUUUUACUGAAAGUGUGCAUCAAAUGCAGUGUCCCUUUUAAAUCCUCAUAUCGCAGUUGUGAUCCGUCAGGAAUAUGUGUAAUCAUUAUAAACUUCUCCCUUUUUCAUGCAGAACUUGGCAAUACUAUAUCCAGUCUUUUUGGUGGAGGCAGCUCUACACAAGACAAUCAAGACAAUGUUACAGACAGUGUACAAGUAAGCGUUUUGGCACUUUCUGCCAAUGUGUGCUUAAAAAAUAAAUAAAAAAUAAAUAAAAAGUUAUGCUGGGCUAUCAGAUGCUACAUUUUUACAGAUGAUUAGGUAAUUCAUUACUGAUCAUUACUACUGAAUAUGUAUUUCUCAGGAAGAUGAGGAGGGACCAAAUGGGGCCACGAAGGACGAGGAUCCAGUGUCAAGUGAUCAGACAAGUGAGCAGAAGAAUAGUGAAACCGAGAAAACUACUGCAGAGAGUGAGAAACAAGAAGAGAAGAAAGAAGGAGAUAAAACAGAGUCUCAGGUAAUUAAAAUAAUACUCUGUAUAUAAAAAAUUAUAUUGUGAAUGAAUAACAUGAUUUGUGUAUUGGAAUAAUGCUUCAUAACCUUCUUCGUAGUUGGUGUACCGCAUAUCAUUGUUCUUUGCAUAUUCCCAGAACUAUUGCUGGGUAACUGAAUUUUAAAAAGGAAGAAACCUAAACUGUUGCUAAUUGGUCCCUUUUUAUAUAAGGUAUAUGCAAAUUUGAUUUAUGUCAGAAUUCUAUGAGGGUUGUUUACAAAUGGUAACUAUGAGCCCUGCAUGUAUUUAUUUGAAGGAACAUUCCACUGUAUGGAGGAUAAAAUAAAAUCUGAAUUUAAAAAAUAAAAAAAUAUUCUUAAUGAAAGUUGCUUGUUUGCUGUUAAAGGAAAAAAAAUGUUUUUAAAAAAAUAUAUAAUUUUUUAAUUUUUGUUUUUUUUAAAUUUUGUUUCGUUUUUAAAGAAAAAAAAUAAAAAUAAAAAUUUGGGGAUGAAUGGAGCCUGUUGCACAUGUGAAUUUUUGCAGCAUCUUAUGCUUCCAAAAAAAAUAAUGCGUGUAUCUCCUCACUUCAUUUACAAGGACAUCUCAAUCAUGAAGUCUUGUCUUAUGAUUUGGUGAAAAUACUCUGGUAUUGCUUUCAGCUCUCCAGAAUUUAAAUGCUUGCAGACCUACGCUGUGAUGAGACCAUUAAAUCCAUUCUGAACACUUUUUUUUUUAUUUUUUUAAUUUUUUUUACACUAGAAUGUCAAGGAAGAUGAGGCUGAUAAGGAAUCGGAGGCUGGAAAAGCUGCUGAAGCAGAUUCUAAGAAAACUGUGGUUCCCAAGAAGCAGAAACUGGUGGAUGAAAUUGGAGCAGAUCAGACUCUGAAUGAUGUUCUAGAUUUUCUUGAGGAAGAGAUGAAAACAGCCACCAAGAAGUGAGUAGUUUAGUGUAAAUGGCAAUUAAGAUAAAGGGAGGAGCAAUUGCUCCUUGGUGUCCCUGUGAUAGGUUUAAAAGUAAAGUAGAAAGUUACCCCUUCGUACAGCAAUCCUUCAAGGGUUACCCCAAACCUUUUGGGGGGGACCUCUCCGGUAUUACAUGUCCAGUUGAGCACUAUGGAGAAGGACCCCCCUGAUGUUUGUGGUGCAAUCUGCAAAUCUAUAUUACUCACCUGGCAUCUAGAUCUUACGCAAACUCUCUGACAUCACUGGGGCUUCACGCCUAUUAUUUAUCCAGUUUGCUGGCUCAGAGCACCUACGCAUUCUCCGGGGAGUAGAGGCUUUUUUUUUUUUUAAAUAAAUAAAAUACGGAGGGAAACAUUCUUUUCCAUGCAGGCACUCUGCCCGCAGGGGAGAAGAUUUCCACAUCUGUCCACAUGCAGUGCUUUCUGAUGACAGACGCAAAAUAUUGACAUGGGCUUCCAAUGUCACAUGUAUGCCAGGGGCUAGUUUCACCCACAGAACAAGGGCUAAUAAACUGUAUAUGCAAUGUUUGAAGCAGAAACACAUACUGAUUCCUUUCACCAUGACCACUUCAAACCACUGAAGUGACCAUUCUGUUUUGAUUAACCCCUUAAUCUUAUACAGCAUGCCUUCCCUCAAAGUUAUAAAUAUUUUGUAUUCCUGAAGUAGAGAGACCACUUCAUUGCUUGUUCAGUUCCUUAUCCUAUUUAUUUUUUAUCUGUCUAGGCUCCAAGACUUGACCGAUCGAGACCUACAGAAGCAUGAGCGAGAGAAGGCAGCUAACAGCCUGGAAGCAUUUAUAUUUGAAACCCAGGUUACUAGUCAACCAUAUUAAUAGGGUUUUAAAAUCUAUAGUAACUUUUUAUUUUGGUAUAAUGCGUUUUGGGUGUCUACUUUCACCAUCUUGAAUCCGAUGCAUAUAUGGCAGGAACAUCUGCUAAAAAGAAAAUAUUGUUUUAUAUGUUUUUACUACGAGGUUAAUGCACAUUUUAUAUAUGUAUGAUGUAGACCUACCUAGCACUUACAUACAGUUUUUGAGGAAAAACCUAAAAUUGGAAUUCCAGAGAUUACGGAGUAGUUUCUUCCAGAGACGUGUCAUAGCUGAGGGAAUACACUCUGCCUGGUUUUACAUAGGAACUGUCUCAUGUAUGACACUUACGCACUGUGCUGGAAUGUUAAAAAUUAUACUAUUGCAUAUUGGCUUUUUAUAUCAUAUGAGCGACUGUCAAGUCACAAAUUUGUAUACAUUGCACAUAACUGAAUUCCUUUGCAAUGUAAAGUACAUGGGAAGAUGUUGUUGCAAAGUGCUUCCAAAGUUAGUGUUCUAUAAAUUUGUUUCAGCUUCACCCUCACCUCAGCAACCACUUCAGUAUUUUACUGGAGUAAGUAAAACCGUAAAGUCAGUCGUAGAUUUGAAUUUCUUAAAUGGUUGCUGGUAUAAUCUACUUUUUAGACUAGUUCAAGGAAUUGCUGAGCUUGUGGAGUUUCAUGUUCAUAAAUGCCUGUGUCUGGCCUUAUAGGACAAGCUCCGUCAAGACGAAUUUGUCAAAGUUUCUACUGGGGACGAGAGAGAAGAGAUCUCCAGUAAACUAAGCAAGGCAUCCACUUGGCUUGAGGAUGAAGGAUAUGCAGCCACCACCAAGGUAAAAUCUCCUGUAGAACGUAAUUAAAAUGUCUUUCUUUCUUUUUUUUUCCCUGUAGUUUAGUUGUACUCAAUAAGCUUACCUGCUCUUGUUAAUGGAACACUCCACAGUGUACUGGUGCCCCCUUUGUAUUUUAGCAAAUCCUUAUAGCAUGAUUUUAUUUCUUACCUGGGGUUCACCAAAAAUGGCUCCCUAUCUACACUUCUUCAACAGUGCAGGGCUUAGCUUUUGGGCUGAGAAAGAACUGUCGACUGUCAUUGAGUUAGCCCUCUACUGCUGGCCUUGGCUCAGAAGAGCUAAAGGAAUCUCCUGUGUAGAAGCUUCCAGGUCUCCAUCAUACGUAGUGGAGGUAGGGAGUGCUCCCCGGCACACCUUAUAUUAGAAGCCAAGCGGUUUCAAAACGUUUUGAUUACUUACAAUGUGGGGUGUCAGGACACUCCUAGUACCACAACUUCUCUAGUGGUUACAGGUGUUUAUAGGUGUAAGGUAUGCGAUCACUGAUAGAUUUUCACUAAAGGUGAAUUGAUUGAAAAACUUUUUUUUUUUUUUUUUUCAUAUUUUCGGCCAAACUGAAAAACAUACCCGGCUUUGAGAUUUUUUUUUUUUUUUCCAAUUCUGGUGUUUUGAUCUAAAUUGGAAAUUCACACGUUCAUGAAUACCCUUGUCAUUGCUUGGAGAGUAACAGCAUUUCUAAAUUUUGGCAGUUUUUAGAAGUCUAAUUUAUUGGUGUAUUUGUCAAUGUUCCCUAUCUUCUUGUAGGAACUGAAGGACAAGUUGAUUGAGCUCCGAAAAUCGUGCAAAGCCCUUUUCUUUAAGGUGGAAGAGAGGAGAAAAUGGCCAGACAGACUAUCGGCUCUGGACAGUUUGCUGAAUCAUUCCACCAUCUUCCUAAAGUAAGGGGAACUUACACGUGAAGAGUAUUCAAACAUAUAGCUACAUGUAGUGGAAAUCUGUAAAAGUGACCAUUUAGUCCUGCAUUAGAGUAUAGUGAGUCAAACGUACUGUUCUGUAGGAGUCCGUGCUUGUGGCCGGUCUAAUUACUGCCUGAGAAUACAGCUCACUUUAGCAUCAUUUACUGAGCUUGCUUUGUGUUUGUAUCAAACCAUACACUACAGAGAAGCCUUUUACAAAAAAAACAAGUUGUUAUAUUUUAAGGUGGGGCAAAAUAGGAUUUGCGUAAGACGUAAUCUUUCUAGUCUUGUAUAUCAAACUAUGAGGGAGCUCUUUGGAUCAAGAGAUUUCAGGGUCUUCAAUUACUAUAUAACUGACAUCUCUUAUUUGUUUUUCUUUAUCCUAUUUAAAGGAGUGCUCGUAUGAUCCCAGAAGAUGAUCAGAUUUUUACAGAUGUGGAGUUAAACACAUUGGAAAAGUUGAUCAAUGAUACCUGGGUAAGAAGAGAUUUUGUGUGUGUGUAUAAAUGUAUACAGGCAUUACAUUUUGUUUUAUACACUUUGUUUUCCAUAAUUUUAUCUACAGAUUUGGAAGAAUGAAACUCUUGCAGAGCAGGCCAAGCUACGACCCACGGAAAAACCAGUCCUGUUAUCAAAGGACAUUGAGAUGAAGUUGGGUGCUCUGGACAGAGAAGUGCAGUACCUGUUAAAUAAAGCAAAGUUCUCAAAGCCUAAACCCAAGAAGAAAAGCAAUACCACAAAAUCUGAGAAUUCUGAAAAAAAUUCCACAGAGGGUGAAGAGAAAGUCAUUCCCCCAACGGAAGAGAACAAAGAAGGUGAGGGGAUAAACAUGUUGGCAAGAGUUUCUGUGGUUGCUUUUUGAAGUUGUCCAAACAAUAAUUCUAGCUGACAGAAACACGUGCAUUCUAGACCAUUAAUGUGCUUCAAAUCCCAUUAACACGUGAUAAAGCAGAUAUGACUCUUUCUUUACAUUUGUAUGUAACCCAUCUAAAACACUGUUACUUUACCCAUGGUUUCGUACCAAAAAUGGUACCAUGUGCCAUUUUAGUUGGUCGACUUCUGUGGGAGCAGUAUGUCCUAUUAUACAGCUAUCGCUAGGAUCAAUUAUUAUAGCUGUACAACUUUCCCUCCAAGAACCACUGGGAAGAGCCCAAUUAAGGUGCUUUGCAAAACAUAUGCUAAUUUUAAAUUCUAUUACAUGUGAAGAGAAUGGGUUCAAGCUUAUUCCAUGUGCUCAUGUGGCACUGCAAAGAUUAAUUGCACCAUAACUACUACAAUAAGCUAUUGUAGCUUUUUCAUUUUGAACACCGUUCUAUCUGUUGAUUGAGAUUUUUUUUUUUUUUUUACUCCAAUAUAUUUAGACAAACCUAAGGAUGCAGAACCUGUGCAGGAACCACCAGCAGAAGAGAAGAGUGAAAUUCCUGAACUAGGAGAUUCAGAAGCAGGUAAUCCAGGACAUACAGAGGAGUUUUAAAGCUCUGGUCUAGUGUGAGGAUGUGAGUAUGUAAAGGAUGUAUGUGGUCGGUGUGUGUGGGAACUCUUGGUGCUAAUGACUUGUUCUGUGCUGCAUACAAAUCUGCAUCAAUUUACGCAUGUCAUUAUUAAAUCACUAUGCUAUUAUUUUUACGAUCUAUUCCUUCUCGUCUCCUAUUACUCAGCUUCUGGCUCAAACUUUUUUUUUUUUUUUUCUGCAAGUGUUUCAGUGCCUUUUGAUUUAUCUAGAUACUUUCGGCUUUAUUCGCUAAUGUGAGCAAGCAAAGUGAAUUUCAAAGUUAAGGCCAAAGUAGUCGAACAAGAAGCAUAGCUGACAUAGAGAAUGUUUCCAAUUCAGGAAUUUUGAAAUUCACUGAAUUCUCAUUUUUAUAACCCUGCCAUUGUGGUGGUUUUUUUUUUUUUUUUUUUCGCUCUCAAGUUAUGCCUGUUGAAUUUUAAAAUUGUCUAUCAAUAUGUAUUUUUAUUUUUUUUGGUAAAUUUCUUUUUAUUCAAAGAAAAUAUUUUCUGUAAAUUUUAUCAUGGAACGCAGGACACAAUCAUGUGAAUAAUGGAGUAAGCUACACCAGUCUCAAGUCAAACAUUAAAGGACCACUAUAGUUUUUCCUGGCACUAUAGAGUCUUUAGGUGUUCCUCUCCCACUGGGCUGAAGGGGGAGGAAGGGGUUACAUUCUUACCUUAGCCAUCCUAAGUAAUACACCGGUCCUGCGAGGUCUACGUCAUCCGCCGAAUGCGCAUGUGCGGCAAGAGCCGCGCGCAUUCAAUCAGUCCAUUACUCCAAUCACAGUGAAAAUCACAGUGAGAAGCGCCUCUAGCAGCUGUCAGUGAGACAGCCACUAGAGGCUGGAUUAACCCUAAUGUAAACAUGGCAAUUUCUCCGAAACUGCUAAAUUUACAGCUGCAGGAUUAACCCUAGAUGGACCUGGCACCAAGACUAUUUAAUUGAGCUGAAGUGGUCUCGGUGCCUAUAGUGGUCCUUGAACCCCUUAAGGACCAAACUUCUGGAAUAAAAGGGAAUCAUGACAUGUCACACAUGUCAUGUGUCCUUAAGGGGUUAAAGGGAUUCUAUAGUGCAAGGAAUACAAAUCUGUAUUCCUAACAUUAUAGAGUCCUCUGGUUACCCCCCUGACCACCCCAGAAGCCAAAAGGUUAAAAAAACAAAAAAACAAGCUUGUUUACUUACCAGAUUCCAGUGCUGAAAUCCUUCGGUGCAGGAUCCGCACCUCGGCCUCAUUCGACAGAGGUUGGGGGACUAAUUCUCCCCAUAGGAAAGCAAUGCUUUUCUGGGGUUUUACUGAAAUUGGAGGUCCUCAUACAGAGAAGAUAUAAAAUGGCACUCAAAAUAGAUAAAAUGCCAACUAAAAAACAAAUAAUAAACAAUAAAAAAAAAAGUCCAGAUGUAUGAAUGUACCUUGUCUUAAAAAAAAAUAAAUAAAAAAAAAAUAGAAAACGAACUGUGAGGUGCAGCAAAUGUAAUAGUCCAGUCCUUUUUUUUUUUUUUUAUAUAGAUUUCUCUUGGUGUCAGGAGAUGGUUGGUUCGAACUAAAGAAGCUGCAAUAAGUACCAUAUGAAGCUGCAAUCUCCUGACACCAAGAGAAAUCUAUAUAAAAAAAAAUGACUGGACUAUUACAUUUGCUGCACCUCACGUACAAUCAUACAUUUGGACUUUUUUUUAUUUUUUUUAUUUUUUUUUUAGUUUGAUAGUUGGUAUUUUAUAUAUUUUUAGGCGCAACUUACCCUUGUUUUUACUUUCCUGUGUAUCUUCUCUCUUUUGGGACUGUGAAGGAACCCCAUAAUCCAAGUUUGCUGCCUUUUUAUUAUACUGCUUUCUGUUUGGCCAUUUAGCACUGAUCCACCUGUUUGCCUAUAUAAAAUGGGGCUUGCAGUUUCCAAUUUAAAGGGUAUAAGAAACGCAGGUCAGGGGAUUCACUUAGGCCUGGAGCCAAUAUAUGUUUUUAAUACUCUACUCUAUACUUAAGACAUUAUUGCCUUAUUGUGUAUUGAGUAAGUGCUGGUAAUAGGCUACUUGUGCCUACAUCAUGGCCAUGUAUACUCCAGGGAAGACCUAGAAAAACACAAAAAAACACUGCAAAGUUGUGUACCAUGCUGAUAUCAAAACUAAAAAGAAAAAAAUUAUAGUUCAGGUUUGAUUAAUGGAAAUUGAUAAUCCCAUAUUGUUACUCAUGAAAUCCAUCAGAGUAUACUAGUUCUCAUAUAGCAUUUAAUGCAAUUCAGUGUAGUUGGCAAACAGACUUCUCAUUCUAUGCACUUUCUAGAAUAAGUUUGCUUUGUUUUUGUUAGAGCUAUUUAUCCUCUGCUGAGAAGUCACUACUAUAUAGUACACAUGGGAUGUGAGGAGUUACUUUUUAUUUAUUUUUUCCUCUUUGCUAGAAACAGAUAAGCUUUGGCAGUCUUACAACAAGUGAGUGAAAGAAAUAUUUGAUUGUUGCAUUAAGUAGUGUAUGCUUUGGAUUACAUCUCUCCAGUUGUACCUUACAUUGUUCUUGACAUAUUUAAAGGAACACUAUAGGGUCAGGAACACAAAUGUGCAUUCCUGACCCUAUAGUGUUAAACCAACUAUAUAGGCCCCCUUUGUCUCCCUUAAGCGCACUCUAUUUCCAGUGUGCGGAGCUGGCUCCACCUCCUUGGCUGAUGUAAUCAGAAUUGAUAAUCUCAGCCAAGGAGGUGGGAUGGGGCCUGAGCCAAACUCCACCCUGGCCAAUCAGCAAAUCUUCAUAGAGAUGCUUUGAAUAUCCGUGCAUCUCUAUGAGGAAAGUUCAGAGUAUCCAUGCAGAGCGUGGAGAUGCUGAAUGUGUGUUCUGGACACUGUGCAGCAUUGUUCCUGGAAGCACCUCUAGUGGCUGUCUGACUGCCACUGAAGAUGUCCCUAGGCAACAAAUGUUAACACUGACUGACUGAAAUAAAGAUACUUACUACUCACCAGAAAAACUACAAUAAGCUGUGGUUGUUCUGGUGACUAUAGUGUCCUUUUAAACAAGGUGUGUUAGGGGAGAUAUAAAAAGCAGGAAGUUUGUAUUUACUAUGCUGGUCUGCUGUUUUUCCUCUUGGUGCAUAGUUUGUAACCAAACCUCACUAGUUUACAGUUUUUCUUCUAAAUUACUUUGUAAAAGCAUUGCAUUGGUCCUGCUUUAUCUGUAUAUCCUGUUUUGAGCCUAUAUAUUGUUUUUUUGUGAUCUACAAGAGGGAAAAAAGGAACUUGUCAGUAAAAUUGUGUUUUUGUUUUGUUUUUUUUCUCCAGAUUCAACAACUAGUAAAUCGUCAGAGCUCCCAGAAGAGAACCAUAAAACUGAAUUAUAACCACCCUUCAUAUGCGUUGGCGAUCAUAUUUAUUAACAUUACUUUUUUUGUAAUGGACCCUGCUCAUUUUAUGCCAACGCGCUCCCGCCCAAUUUUCUUUUCCCCCUACCCCUUUUCUUCCACUCCCAAAGAAAAACAAACUGCACCUGAGAUGUACAUUUCUGUCCUGACCAAAAAAGCAAUUAGAUUUCCCCCCCUCCCCUUUUCUCUGCAAUACAUAACGUUACCUUUUUAGACAGCAUGCUGCGCUGAGGUCUGAAUCGCACAACAGGAUCUCAUACGGUUAUCUUCUUUUGAAAAGCCUGUUUGGAUUCAGAGUAAUUCAGGAUUCCAUUAACUGAAUUUACGGUCUCAUUGUGUUGCCUGGUUAUUAUUCCCCACCCAAAGAAGGUCACUAAUAUUUAACUUUUUUUGUUUGUUUAAAUUACUCUGGCAUAGGAAGUGUUAAAUGCCUGUUAUCUUGUCUUCUACAUUGAAAGUUUGAUCUAACAUAUGUCAGAUUUUGUUUAAAGGAGUUUUGACAAACACUCCCGAUUGCCCAAUGAGAAAAGCUGUUCUAAAGUGUUAUAGGUGAAAUAAGUGACCUGUGUACAUUUUAAAUGUCUAAUGAGCUCUUGCAAAAUGCCAGAACACUUUUGUUUGCACUUCAGAAUAAGCAGCAUCUUGCUCAUGAAAUGAUUAGAAUGAUUUCUCAUAUUUAACAGGAAUUCUAAUUUAAAAAUAAAAUAAGAUUUUUCAUAUUAGACAAAAGUGAAUAUUUUUUUGCCUAUCCCAAAUGCCGUUCACUUUCCAAAACCAAAGAGCAGAGAUUUUUGGUGGAAUGUUUUUAACGAUAGCAGGUUUAGCAAAUUAUCGAUCGUUACUUGCGGUUAUAUAGCCGCUUCCUUGAUAUCUGCAUCCAAAACAUCUUCUGGCAACUAUAUGCUCUCUAAACUGGAAUACAUAUUGGGUGGGAAGAUCUGGAUGGGAUUUAAUCUUUUUGCUUUUGGAUAAUGAAGUUUCACAUUUAGUUUGCUUUAAAAAUAAUGCAACAUUGUAUUCUGUUACUACCCGUAAAUUUAAUUUAAAAUGUUUAUAAUUUUUUUCACAAGAAAAUGCUAACUCCAAGCACUUAAUCGUUCUCCUUCACAUCCAUCUCUCAAACAGAUAUGGAGUGGAAGACAUGGGGCAGUGGUCCUCUUUGGUUUAUUUUUGUUUCAAGAAAGAUUAAUAAAUGUUUUGUAAUUAAAGUAAAAAGUAAUUUUGAAAAUGGAAUCUCCGCCUGCAAUGAUCCCAACAUAAGUGGUUGGUUUCAUUCAAUAUGUGCUUAGUGUUUGAUACAACUCUGUAGGGUUUGUUUGCUUUUUUUGUUUGUUUGUGUUAAGGAAUCUUAUAGGGAAAGGGGCACGUGAGGGCUAUGAUUAAUAAGUUAAAGAGCACAAAUUUAGCUCAUAGAUGUGAAUUUACCUUAGCCUGCAAUUGCCAUCUAUACUCUCUAAGCUCCAUACAAAGAAAUAAUUUUUCAUUGACAGGGCAUCAAUAGAAAUAUGCCCUCAAAAUAUAAAGGCACUGUUUGACAGAAACAAAAACAAAAAAAACCCCACAAAAAUCAAUUAGACCUUCUUUGUGUUUUUUGUUCAGUCCAAUGUUAUUAGGUUUUUGUUUUUGGCACUGCUUGAUUCAGGGUUUAUUAGAGUUUUGCCUGUCAUCCAAACCUGUCUUAUUGAUAUCACUGUUUGGGUCUGGGGGGGUAUUCUAAGCAAUUGAAUGUCUGGUGCAAUUGCAGACACUGUUUUUAUUUUACAGACUAUUAAGCAAUUUGCAGUUUACUUGACCACUUCUAGAAUUGUAUUGUGUUCAAUGUGUUUUUUUUUUUUGAAAAUGAAAUGCCUCAUAUAAGCCUUUGAAGUCAGAUUGCUGCUCACAUUAUCUUCUUUUGUGUGCAUUGUUUGAAAUUGACCUUAUUUGUGAUACCACAGUCACAGGAUGUCGUGAAUUUAUGCCUUCAUGUUUUUCGUUAUACAAUGUUAAAUAUGGAUCGGUUGACCUAAUUAGGUCCCUAGUAAAAUGUCGCAAUAUAUGAAUAUUUUGAUAAUAACAAACAGUGGCUGAAAGCAGUGCGUUUGUUUAAAAAAUAAAAUAAAAAAAUAAAAAGUUUAAAAAAAAAAGCUAAGCUGGUUGUAGACCCCCCAAUGUCUUUGCUCUGCAAUGCUUUCUUGACCUCACUGAUAGCCAAAUGGUGCUAAUCCUUUUUACCUUUUAAAGGGAUUAAAUAGACUGGUAUGAUCAUUUAGAGAGGCAUCCUAUCUAAAGUAGGAUUUUCUACAGGGCCACAAAAGAUUGGAGCAAAAAUGCUGUGCUUUGUAUCACUUUCUGACCUCUAUGGUUCGUUCUGGGCUGUUCUGCUUCUGGUCUGUUGCAAUUUAAUUGAUCAUUCCUUGUCUGUGCAGUUUUACCAUCAUUUGUCAGAGUCCAGGAAAAAAAGUUAAUAAAAUGGUUUUAUAUUUCUGAAAA